GAACUGUGAAUAAUAUUACGGCACAACGUUCUUUUCUAAAAGAAUACAGUAAUAUGUUUAGGACAUAACUGUUAAUGGAUCGUUAGAGAAAAUAGAAUGAAACGUAAAGCAAUUUUUAAGACUUUCGGUAUAAGAUUGCGUUACCAUUUGGUGUAUUGCGUUACUUCGAAGCGCAUGUAUUCUGGAGCAUUUCCGCAUCACGGGAGGCCUUAGUAAUGGCGGGUCUUGUUGUUUUGGCUUUUGUAAUUGUGAUUGUAUUUUUGCUGGUUCGUAUCCUAAAUCUGACAGAUUCGGCUCGUGCUCCAAAGAUUUUUGCACCCAAGCAUCCUUUUGUCGACCAAGUCUUGCAAUCUUGUCCCAUUUUAUUCGAAAGGUAUUGCCCUCCACUUAUUUGGGGAAAGAGUGGCCACUUCCAGACAGUUGUUGGUGGUUUUUAUGGGCGACGUUCUCCUCCGGAACUGAAAGGAACAUUACACACUACUCAACUUGGUGAUGGCACAGUUGUCACGUAUGAGAUUUUUGAACCUGACAAAAAUUCAUCUUCAUGUGAUGAACAGGAGCAGCCUACUAUUGUUAUAGUCCCAGGGAUUGCAAAUUGCACUGAGACCAAAUAUGUCCGUACAUUUACUGGCUAUGCUAUUAGCCAGGCCUUCAGAGUGGCUGUUUUAAAUCAUCUGGGAGCGAAGAAAGAAGCUGGUUUAUCCACUCCAAGGAUAUUCACAUAUGGUGGUACAGAGGAGCUUGCUGCUGUAGUAAAUCACCUGACCUCUGUGGUAAAGCACAAGCGACUAAUAGGAGUUGGGUUUUCCAUGGGAGGAAACAUUUUGAUAAAAUAUCUUGGUGAGGAACCAACAAGACAGGCAUUGUUUGAAUGUGCUGUCUCGGUUUGCCAGGGAUAUGACAUUUUAAGAGCCAAGGUUCUCUUGCAUGAAUGGGAUGGUCUUCGACGUUUUUACAACUGGGCGAUCACGCAAACCGUGAAGAGCGUGAUCGAUCGUCACGUGAGAGUGUUAUUUCACGGUCCAGACUUCACAUGCCCUCACAAGUCAUCGAUUCAUCACGUGCGCUCAUCUUCAUCUCUUGUGGAACUUGAUGAUGUCUAUAUAAAAAAAAUGGCCGGAUUUCAUCAUUUGGACGAGUUUUAUGCAGUCAACAGCUCCUGCAAUUAUAUCAAUCAGAUUAAGAUCCCAGUUCUUCUGUUAAAUGCUCUUGAUGAUCCUCUUGUUCCAGAGGAAUUGUUCCUUACGCCAUACAAUCAUGUCAAAUGCAACGAAGCAGCAUUGUUUGUUGUCACCCACCAUGGCGGCCAUCUUGGAUUUUACGAGGGAGGCCUUUUCACUGUAUCUCCUCUCACUUGGCUAGACAAAGCAGUAAUGCAGUACAUCAUGGCCGUGUUGAAAGUUAAACGAUCGGAAGAGAAGCCUUCCUUAUUGAACGAGGGCAAAGAAUAUGUUAUUGCAUCCUAGUUGACGACGAAAAUCUUGUAGCUGCCGGCGAUUGCUGAUGAGAAGUAGCCAUCAUGCAUUUCAAGGUCGACUAGGCCCUGAGAACGGGGUGUUUGAAAUUUAAGUUUGGAAAUCAAUCUGGUGUUUUUGAAAUGUAGCUAUUUUUGAUAACCCUUAGUAUUGAAAUGUUUCGAGGACAGCAAUAAUUGCUUCAGGGUGAGGCCAGGACUGUAUUAUUUUUACAGUCUGUGGAUCGGUAAUUUUGCCGUUAUUUAGAAUAUUAUUCAAAUUAUUUAACACUUCGUUGUUAUUUACAACUCAGAGGAAUGAAUAAAUUAGUGACUGAACGAGUGAAUGAAUCAGUAGGUGUGCAUAAAUUUGUCCAAUAGAUGUAAUUCGUUAUUAUGAUAAUUAAUAUUACUUGAACCCACUCAUAUUACUAUGUCAAGCUAAAUUUAACGUUAUCGCUUGUAAUUUUAGUCAAUUAGUGAUAUAAGAUUUACAUUGAACAAUUUUCUAGGCAAACUUUGUAAUUAGUUACAUUAUUAUUACAAUUCGAAUUAAAAGUUAUUUUUUUGAUAAUAAAAGUCUCGGUUGUUACUGAUUGUUCCAGGAAAGCUCAUUGCUCUGAUUCCGGUUGACCCUCAGAGCCGGUGGUAAAAGUUAAAUUUCUGCGUACACUACUGACAUCUUCUUCUACAGGCUUUCUGUACAGCUUUAGUCAAAAGCAAACAGCUGUUGAUUUCUCUGUUCCUUCAAGGUCCUAUUCAGGGAAAAGCUAUUACGGUAAAAACCAGCAUAAAAGAGCACAUGUUUUGGGGGUUCAGGCUGAUUUUGUUCUGAUAUAUCGGGUGCUUUCUGCAAACUCAGCCUGAAAAUGUUUUUAAGGUGUCCUUAAAAUUGUUUCUAAAAAGUGAAUGCUGCAUAGACUACUAACAGAUGAAAUCAAUGUGCAAGCACAACAUUUUAAUUAAUUAAUGGAUAGCACAUAUAUUGAUCUACUUAGUAUUGUACCCUAGUAAGUUUUUCUAAUCUACCUGGCAGCCAGUUGUUUUUUUUUUUAUAUAAGAACAAUUUUCAUCUUUCAGGCUGAAUGUGUUCUUAUGUAUAUGGUAGUUUUUUGACCAAAUUUCAGCCUGAGUGUUCUUAAUCCACUUGUUCUUUUAUGCGGCUUUUACUGUAAUAUAUCCCUGUUGUUAAUCGCUGUCUUCAUUAGGGUUGAUUUUGAGUGUAACUAUUCAUACACUGUCCUCUACCGAGCAGGAACUGCAACAGCAAAAAAUGAAAGUGUAUUAGGAAAGAUCAAGAAUUAACGACAGAAUAAAGCUAGAACCUCUCGUUCUGUCUGCCUGGAUCCUGUUAACGUUUUCCUUCAGUCAGCAGUUUUGUGUAGCAACCAGUUCCAGAG